UCACAAUUCACAAGACGAGCAUCAGUCUCGGUAAACUUGUUGGUAUCUGUGUAGAGGGUGGGACCUUUUUGUUCUAAGCCGACGUGUUCUUGAGGUCUAAAAUCUGUGUCAUUGUCAAGUGGAUCUCCGGGACUCAAGCCUUCUGUGUGUUCGAACCAUCUCACGAUAACAGCCAUUCACAAUGAAGCGCACGGACUCAUCGGAUACUGAUGUGGACUCUUCCUCGUCUUUACCGAAGAGGAGGCGACUUUUGAGGAAAAAUGGCAAUGGCGGUGAAAAGAGGAGGGAUGACCAGGAGGAUUGGUUUGAAAAGACAGACACCUUUAGUUCACCGUCAAAACCGCAAACGGUCGAUAGAACGCCGAAAAAUCAGCGAUCAUCAGAGAUCCUAUCCGAUACUGUUAUUCCAGAAACGCCGGUUCCUGCAAGGCCCGGCUCCAUUCCCAAAGAUACCCGUUCAGCCGUGGAUCUAUCCUCGGACGUGGACAUGCCCGUAACGGACUGGGUCAGUCCGGUGAAGCGCUAUCAAAAUCCUCCUGCUCGAUCGCCAACUCCAGUACUUGACAAGCCAGAUGCGGAAUUCAAGGCUAAACCGCGCUAUGGCGCCCGUAAAGUGAAACCAGUCGAGGCGAUUAGCGAUGCAACUAAUACAAUGGAUCAGUCAUUUGGCAACAUCGUCAAAUCUUUCAAGUAUGAACCAUCGAUCUCUAAUGGUGGACACCGACCUCCUUCUAUUGCGACAAGAGCUGUACCCUCCCAAUCCACACCGUUGCUAAAAGAAGCAAAAAGCGAUCAUACGUCAAAGCUUAGCAGAACCCAUGGUACAGACGAAUUACCAAGUAUGGGAGAUGCCCUCAAGUCGCACCAAAUUCGAAACAAUUGGCAUCCAUGGGUUGCCGAAGCGCGGAAUCUGAGUGUGGAGAACGAUUCACCGCUAACACGACGUCCAGCAGAACCUGUUCCAAAUACAGGGACCAGCCAAGACGCUAAAUUAGCAAAACUGAUAGAUACGUUCCCUGACUCGGACCCCGCUGCUUUACAACGAGUUCUGGAGCGUGCCAGUAAUGACGUCGAGGUCGCCGCCGAGUUGCUCAUGAAGGGCAGAGAUUCGUCGCCAGCCAGUUUGUCGAACGACGGAACGGAAGGUCCGAGAAGGAGGCGUUUGGUUAAAAGAAAAGAUGUUAAGGAAUUGACGCCGCAGAGCAGUGACGUAGAAGUUGUGGCUAUCAAACGUCCUCCUCCACCAAAGCAAAAGCCUGUUCGCAUACGAGAUGAAGACACGGAAUCUGACGAAGCUACGGAUGUUGACGAAGGACCAAAUGGAGGUUACGCCAAGUCAAUUGAUUUGGAUGCGCAAACCGUCGCCUUUUUCAACACUGCCUCUCUCCAACAGUUGAUGGAAGCCAUCAUGUGCACCACAGAACAAGGAGACUUUGUCAUUGGUCUUAGGCCGUUCGUAGAUAUGGCCCAUCUAAGAGAUUCACUAGCUGGACACAAAAACCACCGAUUGUUGGCAAAAUUGCCAGACAAGUACCAAGAUGUACUAGAGGGAUAUGGACAAGUAGAUAUGCUUAUUGAACGAUGUGAGAAAUUUGGAGAGGAGGUCAUGAGCGUCCUCAAGCGCUGGACCAAAGAGGAGAGUCAGGGUGGCGAGGAAAUAGGGGAGAAGAUCGAAGAGGAUGGAGAUGCUCCCGAAAUCUGCCUGACGCAUGUAGACGAGAGUGUACAGGGUGACGAGGAUGACAUGGAGGUCGACGGACGGACACUGUUCAAGUGUCUUCGAGUGCAACCGGCACUGGUAAAUCCGGAGCUCACAUUAAAGUCCUAUCAGCUUGUUGGCAUUAGUUGGCUGUACAUGCUGCAUAGCAAAGGCUUGGGUGGUAUUUUCGCUGAUGAGAUGGGCUUGGGAAAGACAGCACAAGUGAUCUCAUUUCUGGGCUACCUAAAAAGCCAUGGCAAGUCAGGUCCGCACCUGGUAGUAGUACCCUCCUCUACACUUGAAAAUUGGUUGCGAGAGUUUGCGAAGUGGGUGCCGUCCCUUCGCGUCCGCUCGUACUACGGAUCUCAGAAGGAUCGUUACGAGAUGCAAGAGUCUAUUUAUAAUGAAAUUGAUGACAUUGAUGUACUGGUCACUACCUACAACUUGGCGACAGGCCAACGCGACGAUCGUGGUUUUCUAAGAAAGCUUCGCUGUAAAUCAUUAAUUUUAGAUGAAGGGCAUAUGGUCAAGAACAUGGAGUCCGCCCGAUACAAACAUCUGAUGUCAUAUAAGACGCCUUUCCGACUCUUGCUCACUGGAACGCCUCUGCAGAAUAACUUAAUGGAACUUCUGGCUCUGCUGACUUUUAUUAUGCCCGAUCUCUUUGCAAACUUUGAAGCGUUCAACAAAAUUUUCAAUGUGAAGCAAUCUGCGGCCCAAGGGGAAAGUGGAUUUUUGAGCAGACAGCGCAUAGAAAGGGCGAAGAAGAUUAUGGCACCUUUUGUUUUACGGAGAAAGAAGGCGCAGGUUCUGAAGGAACUCCCGAGCAAGCACGUCCGAAUAGAGACCUGUACGGCAACGGAGGGUCAAAGAGAGUUGUACCAGUCCAUAAUAGCAGAAUCGCGAAAAUCACUCCUUGAAAAUGGCGAGACAGCGCAGACUUCAUCCACUAAUGGUGUGAAGAAAGGAAAACAAGCACCCCGUACUCCGAACGCGCGUCCACCCACUGGAGAGAAGAAACAACUGUCUAAUGUUCUUAUGCAGCUUCGCAAAGCUGCGGAUCACCCAUUAUUGUUUAGGAGACACUAUACGGAUACCAAAUUAUGGACGAUGAGUCGAGAGAUUAUGAAGGAGGUGGAAUACAUGGACGCUGAUCGCAAUUACAUCUACGAAGAUAUGCAAAUUAUGUCCGACUUUGAGCUACAUCAGCUUUGCAUGAAGAACAAGUCGAUCUACAAGCACAGACUUCAAUCCAAGCACUGGAUGGAUGCUGGCAAAGUCAAACGGCUCGAAGUUAUGUUGCUGGAGAUGCGAGAGAAAGGCGAUCGGAUAUUGGUCUUCAGCCAGUUUGUCAUGAUGCUGGAUAUCUUGGAGGCAGUUUUGGACAGCAUGGGAAUACGAUUUUUGAGAAUGGACGGGCGGACAACGGUGACAGAAAGACAAUCGAUGAUUGACGAGUUCAACGACAACGACGAAGUUACGGUGUUCCUUUUGUCGACAAAAGCUGGUGGAUUCGGCAUCAAUUUAACCAGCGCUAAUGUGGUUUUCCUUUACGACCUGGAUUUCAAUCCUCACAAUGACGCUCAGGCGGAAGAUCGCGCCCAUCGUGUCGGUCAAACCCGGGACGUAACUGUCAUCAAGAUGGUUUUGGAUGGAUCAGUUGAACAACAUAUCCUUCGGCUUGCGGAAGCAAAGCUAAAAUUGGAUGCAAAGGUCCAACAACGGGAAGAGGAGGACACUGCUGAAAUGGACGAGGAGAGUAGUAAUGGGAAGAAAAAGCCUGCGAAGAGAAAGAAGAAGACGGGGAAAGGGGACGAUGAAGACGCUGACGAGAGAGAGUCUGAAGACUCUGAGCCUCCCAUUGAUAAUGGGUUCUUAAAUAUUUUGCGAUCUGAGUUAGUGGGUAAAUGUAAUUCGACAUAACCAUAUUCUACCAAACGAGGGUGUACACGUAUAUGCGAUGGUCUCACCAAAAGAGCAGGAAGACAUAGUUCCUUCCAUAGCAGAUAAAGGGAUGGGACCUUCACCGAUAGAAUGUAAAAUCUAUCAUGACGGUCUCUAGGUUUGUAACCCGGCCACGAGAUGAACAUAGAUAGUAUUAUUAUGAUAUCUACGAUUUUUCCGAAUAUUAUCAGGAAAUUAUGCAACCA